CAACGCCACAAUGAAAGAAAGAAACAACAUGUGUGAAUGUCACUGUGGUGAAUAUACAGCAUUGCCAAAAGAAAGGAAGAAAAAUAAGAGAAUAGGUGAAAGCAAGAGAUGAAACCUUCACCGCGUAAUAAAAAGCACGGCGAAAGGGGUAAACGACUCAUUGAGAGGAAGAGAGAGAGAUAGCACCAAUACAAAUAGCAAAGAACAUAAAGAACAAGAAAAAGAGUCGAAGAGGAGAUGGAAUAAUGCAACUCUGCCGCGUCACGUGGUGAAAAUACGGCACUGCCAGAUGGAAACGACGAAAAGCAGAAGAAAGUAAGCGAUGAACAGGCUCAACGAAAGCGUAGAGUAAAGAGACGCGAGAAAGGGACGGCGACGACGUCGGCGAUUUAUAUGUCAGCAGGCGAGCAGGCGCAAACAAAGUUCUUCCUUUGUGUUCAUCUUCUUCUGAAAUUGAGAUACUCUUUGGUUAAGCAAUGGAGAAAUUCGGUGCACCACGUGGCAAGCGUCCGCGCGUCCAGGUAUCGAUGGAACAGAAGGAGCAGGCCAUUGCCCGCAUACUCAACGGAGAGACCAAGGCCGGCAUCUCCCGUGAGCUGGGCGUGCCCGAGUCCACGGUCCGUGGCUGGGUGAAGCGCUCCGAGCAGCGCUCCGCUCGCGAGACCAAGGAUAAGCAGAACUUGGACAAGAAGCCAUCGCCGCUGCAAGCCCUGAAGCUGCCGCAGAAGCGCAAUUUUAGCGGGCAUUCAUUGGCAGCUGACCGGAAGUACAUGAGGGAUUCCCUAUCGAUGCCGAUGCAGACUCCAUCUGUAAUGCCCACAUCAUAUACGCUUCCCACCAUGGCUCCAGUACCAUGUCCCAUUUCGGUGCCACUGCCACUACUGCCACCCGUGCCCCUUUCAGUGCCGCAAACGGCCGUCGACGGCCUCAACCAGACGGACGACAGUCAGAUGAUCUACUGGCUGCACAUCUUCAAUGCGGGUGUCCUCAACUUCACCUGGAUCGUCACGGCGGCUGUCCAGCAUGCGCGCACCCAUGGCUAUGCGGAACGCCUGACCUUGUGGCAGAUCAUCAACAUAUACGUGGACGAGGCCGCACGCAACGUGGCCGCCAAUGCGGGCAUAUUUGUGAAUCCAUUGCCGAAAACACAGACAACUCGCAUUGGUAACAUUUCCCAGACGCCACGUCUCCACAUCACAGCCGAGGAUGAUGAAGAGGACGAUGAGCAGUGAUAAAGGCAACAUCUGUUGUGUUUUUAUGUAAAUGAAUAUCUUAAGGGGGGUAAAUUACGUUUAAUUAAAGAUUGUACAUAAUU